CCACCCUCAACCCCAAAUCUCGGAAGCCUCCUUUUCUCUCUAUAUUUUCCUUUUGUUUCGCCUUUCCAAUGACAGCCACAAAUAUGACGACCAUAACCGCAUCGCUGGAACGCUCUCUUCAAAAUUGCUCUCUUAACCAAGAAAGCAGGGCCGCCGGCAGUGGCGUUGGACGGUCGGCCACUUCAGAUGAACAGGAGAAUCUGACCAACGCCGGUACCUCCGUCGAGCUAAAUUCUCAAGUCGCUCUUCCUUACCACUGGGAGCAAUGCCUCGAUUUAAAGACGGGGGAGAUUUACUACAUAGACUGGGAGAAUGGGACGAAAGCAAAAGAAGAUCCAAGGAAGACAACAAGGCCUUGUGGUGGUUUAGAUUUCUAUUCUGAAGAGGAGAGUUCGUAUUCUUUUGGGUAUGAAUAUGAUAGCGAAGGUACCUCUUCCACCUCCACACCUUCUUCUUCAAGGGAAGAUUACCGCUAUGAAGGCGAUCAUGUUCUUGUUGUUGCCGGCUGCAAGAGAUGUUUCAUGUACUUUAUGCUUCCCAAACAGGUCCAAGAAUGCCCCAAAUGCAAUGGUCUCAUCAUUCACUUUGAUCGAUCGAAAAAUGACUCUCACGAUAUUUGAUUCCCUUAUUUCUCCUCUUCUUUUCAUGUAUUUGAUGAAGUGAUUAUAGAAAGAGUUUUGGGUUUUCAGUUUUCGAUCUCUUUACACACUUAGUUUUCUUUUUCUUAUUAUCUUGAUCCUGGGAAGUGUUUGUUCUUUUUUUUUUCUGGGCGCCAUUAGAGUUGCAGAGACGAGAGCUCCAAAGAGGGUCAAUGGGGGACCUGGGUGGAAAAUGGAAUAGAAUAAAAUCAGUGAUGAUGGCGACGUGUGGUUCUCGUUUCCUUUCUGUAUUCCUGCGAUUAAUUCUCUCUGUUUUUUACUUUUGGAUAAUGAUAUUCAAAAUUUAACUUCGAAGGUGGGUUUUUUUUCUA